AUGACCGUCGAGUACGAGUGCGGCUUCAGCAUGUACCCUCCUCUCCCCCCAACACCCUCCAACCAAUCCCUCUACGCCCUCUUCCUCGCCCGCCUCAGAACAACAUUCUCGUCACGAACCCAUCCCUCCACAUCCAAACCGCUCCUUAUAACCGACGCUGACACAGCCUUCUAUUACUUCACGCUCCCCAAGUAUCCCAAGAUCCCCGCCAAUCCCGAACACUGCAACUUCUUCCUGAGUUUCUGCCUCAGCUUCGGAAACGGUGGUUUACCACGGGAAGUAGCUGUUGCUCAUGUCCUCGAGGUAUUCGUUAUUUCGAAGGAGUAUUUUGGGGAGAGGGUUAGGUACUGGAAUGGGAUGCACAGAAUGAGGUGUAAUAAGCAGUGGGGGUACUAUACACUUGCAGAUGUGAAGGAGGCCGAGGCAGAGGUCAGGAAGUUAUGCAGGAGUAUGGACUCUAAGGUUACAGUGCUGGAGACAGUGGUGGAAACGCUGGAUGAAAAUAACGUCGUGGAAGUUGGACCUCUAUUUCUGCUUGGCUAG